AUUUUUUUUAACAGAGUUCGGAAGGAUGCAUUUAAAUCUCAACUCAUUAGUUAGUUUCACGUCAAAAUAAAAAGUUUUACAAUAUGAAGACGAUAAUUUUGUUCCUUUUUUUAAUUCUCGCUUUGUCAUUUGAAUUUUCAAAUUCUAAAUGUAUUGAAAAAGUUGAACUUGUUUGUAAGAAAUUGCCCGAUUGUAAUUCUGGUUGUCAGAGAAGAAGAAACGAAGCUCGUUUGCGGCAGAAAUCAAUCGCUUUAAUAGAACAAAAACCAAGUGUAUUAAUUUUAAAUAAAUGGCCAUCAUCUGCUAUCAGAAAAUCAAUAAUUAUCGGAAAGCCAAUUGUAAAAUUGACAAGAAGAGUACCAAUUAAGCCACUAUUAAGAAAAUUAAUUGCGAUUGAAAAUGCAAAAUAUUCACCACGUUAUUCAUUGAAAUUUAGAAAUGGUCGCAACGCACAAAAACUUUGUCGUCGUUAUGAAUGUCGUAUUAAAACUUGCAAAAAGAAAUGUACGGAAAUAAAUGCAAGUGGUCCUACUGAUUUUAAAAUACGAGAUUUUGUUAAAAUACAUGAUGAAGACACCAAUCUCACGCCAGAAUCUGAUGAAUUGAACGACUGUUUCUAUCAAUCACCCCAAUGUCAUUAUGAUGAAAGCAUUGAUUCUGAACCAAGUUUUGACGAGUUUGAUGAAUCCCAGCAUCAUUGUGAUGAGAUCGAUGACGAUUCAGUUUCAAGUUUCCACGAAUUUGAUGAACCCGAACAGCAAUGCGAUGAGAUUGACAACGAUUACAUUUCAAGUUAUAACGAAUUUGAUGAACCCCAGCAGCAUCAUUACGAUGAUAUGAACGAUUCAAUUCAAAGUUUUGAUGAAUGUGCUGAAGAGAACUGCAUACAGAGACAAAAAUUCGAAUGACGAUUUGGUACCUUAACAGGCAUCGCUGACUUAAAACUGUAUAAAAUAUAUUUUUUUCUCAAAUAAUUUUAAUAAGAAUAUGAAUUGUGUAUAUCAAUAAAAUUUUUAUAAU